AUGGCGGAAUCUACAUUGCAGGACCGCCUGCGCGAGCACUCAAAGGCCUUUGAUGGUCUUUUGUCCCUCAUCCCGGCCAAGAUGUACUAUGGAGAAGACAACUCUGACCAAUGGAAGAAGACGAAGCAGACAAAAGCCGAAGCCAAAGCGGCCAAGAUCUCCAAGCUGGACCCUGAUAGCGAGCUGAACCGCAACGCAAAGGAGGUCAUGGAUGAGCGCGCAGCGCGCAACAAGCGCAAGCUGCAGGAGAUGCAGGAGGAGGAGGAUAGACAGGAGGCUGCCGGCGAUGACGAGGGCAUCCCCGGCGUGCAGAGGGAGCUGCCCGGCCAGGGCCUCCGCAAUAAGGACUAUAAGAAGCAGAAGACGGCCGACCCUCUCGACACCGUUGAGGACGCCAACCCAGCCGAGAUGUCGCAAAAUCAGCUCAUGAGACUCGCGAGGAAGGAGGCCAAGAAGGAAAAGCGCGCCGACAAGAAGGCGAAGAAGGCCGAGAAGAAGGCUGCUAAGAUGGAAACCGGCGAAUCUGCCACACCCGUCGCCGCCGUCGGUGACGCUGCCUCCCAAGUGUCCGAGGUCAAGGCGUCCAGCAAGCCGGCGGAGGAGGCUAAGACCUCAGCAAAGUCCCCCGCCGCUACCGCCAAGAAGGAGUCCAAGAAGGAGUCAAAGAAGCAACAGAAGAAGGCCGAGCCCAAAGACGCCAAGCCCGCCAGCAAUGACCAUGACAGGGACGGCGACAAGGACGACGAGGAGUACGAGACCGUCGACGAAGAGUCCGAUGACGAGGGCUACGCUGCGACGGCGGACCUCAACCCUCUCGACCUCUCCGGUCUCAAGCCCACCGAGUCCAGCAGCGGCGCCUCAAGCCCGACCUCGACACCGGACUCCACCUUUGACACCGCCGCGGGGGCAACCGCCGCCUCCGCCGAGGCCACGAGCGCGACGACCUCGACGAGCUCCACGGUCCCGCCCUCCGAGAAGCCGAAGCACAUCAAGCUCCCCGCCGACACCUCGGCUCUCCGCGCCCGGCUCGCGGCGCGGAUAGAAGCCCUCCGCGCGGCCCGCAAGGCCGACGGCCCGGACGGCAAACCGAUUCGCACACGCCAGGAGCUCAUCGAGGCGCGCCGCGCCAAGCAGGCCCAGCGCAAAGAGCACAAGAAGGAGCUCCGCACCAAGGCGCGUCUCGAGGAGGAGGCCAAGCGCGAGGAGGCGCUGGUUCUCAACUCGCCCAGCGUCAUGUCGCCGCGCGUCGGCCUCGGCGACGACGACGAGCCGGCCAACUUCGCCUUUGGCCGCGUCGCGUUCGACGACGGCACCAAGCUCUCGCACGACCUGUCGCAUGCGCUCAACACGCACAAGAAGCGCGGGCCGUCGGACCCCAAGACGGCGCUCAUCAAGAUCCAGAACCAGAAGAAGCGGCUCGCGGCGCUCGACAAGGAGAAGCAGGCCGACAUCGCCGAGAAGGAGCAGUGGCUGACGGCGCGGAAGCGGGCCGAGGGCGAGCGCAUCCGCGACGACGAGCAGGCGCUCAAGAAGGCCGUCAAGCGCAAGGACCAGACCAAGAAGAAGAGCGAGAAGGCGUGGAAGGAGCGCAGCGAUGGCGUCGCCAAGGCGAUCCGCGAGAAGCAGAAGAAGCGCGACGACAACAUCAAGAAGCGCAAGGACGAGAAGCUCGCGCACAAGCUCGGCCGCAAGAGCGGGAAGAAGGUCGGCAGCGGGCCCAAGAAGGCGAGGCCCGGGUUCGAGGGAAGUUUCGGCGGUGGCAAGAAGAAGAAAUAA